AUGUUUGACCCAAACGGAACCGGUUUCGUGAAACGCGACGAUGUGUGCAAUGCCCUUAACUGCUAUCCUAAUCAGCCCAAAUACUUAGAAGACAUUGAAGUGCUCGCCAAUGACAUGUCUCAGCGGAAACGGGAAUCUGUUAUAAAAAUUAUGUUAGGGGCCUUCUCUUCACGAAAACCAAAAAAGGACAAGCUCAAAGAAGCCAAGGAAAAGUUGGACAAGCUCUAUGGCAAAGGGUGGAACGUGUACAUAGCAGAGGGACGCUUCUGGGCCGUAUGCUCUCACAAACCUGGCUCAAAUUUAACUUUUGUGCACCACGGAGUGGUUUAUGGUGUCUUUCAAACGCCCUCGGAAAGUGACAUUGACGACGAACAACACCAUCACCACCGCCGUUGA